CGAAAUAUAUUUGAUUUUUGAAUGCUUAUUUGUUACUUAAGCGAAUCGAUUCUGGGGUUCAGUGAUCGCUGAUAAUCUGCAUUUCUUCCGGGUGUGAAUUUUGAAAUGGACCGAAGAGGUUGGCCAUGGAAGAAAAAAUCUUCCGAGAAAGCUGGAAGUGAGAAACAGGCAGUUGGAGCAGAUGGAACCGGUGCUUCAUUGUCUUCCUUAGCAUCUCUUGGAGAUCAGGAAAAAUGUAAGAAGGUAAACUAUGUUCAAAUACCGAUGGAAUCUUACGUACGGUUGACGGGUUUGGAGGAUGAAGUUAACAGGUUAAAGGGUGAAGUCAAGUUAUCCGAGGAGGAAGUAAAGGAAUUGAAAGGGAAGCUGUCUGCAGCUCAAUCUGAGAUCAAUGCCAAGGAUGGUUUGAUUAGCCAACAUGCUAAAGUUGCUGAGGAAGCUGUUUCAGGAUGGGAGAAAGCGGAUGCGGAGGUUGUUGCGUUGAAACGACAACUUGAGACUGUCACUCUCUCGAAGCUUUCGGUUGAGGAUCGAGCAUCCCAUUUAGAUGGUGCUCUUAAGGAGUGCCUGAGGCAGGUAAGGAAUGUGAAAGAGGAAAGUGAGCAGAAAUUGCAUGACGUAGUUCUAGCCAAAACCAUACAAUGGGACAAAAUAAAGCUUGAUCUUGAAGGGAAAAUAGUUGACUUCGAUCAAGAGCUUCUAAGGGCAGUGGCUGAAAACCAGGCACUCUCAAGGUCAUUGCAGGAGCGGUCGAAUUUGAUAGUUCAGAUCGAGGUGGAAAAAUCUAAAGCGGAAGCUGAAAUGGAACUUAUGAAGGAAAACCUUAUGUCACGUGAGAAGGAAAUAAGCUCACUGAAGUACGAGCUGCAUAUGAUUUCCAAGGAGCUUGAAAUUCGCAAUGAAGAAAAGACUAUAAGUAUGAGGUCUGCAGAGGCAGCAAACAAGCAACAUUUAGAAAGUGUCAGACAAAUUGCAAAGCUCGAAGCUGAGUGCCACAGACUACGAGGCCUUGUCCGGAAGAGACUGCCAGGGCCGGCUGCAUUGGCCCAAAUGAAGCAAGAAAUUGAUAAGUUUGGCCGAGAUUUCAGUGUACCUCAAUCAAGAAGGAAUGUGGUUAAGAAUACUAUCGCAAAUUUGUCUGCACAGGUGGAAUCUGCUGAUAACUUGCCACAAUCCCAUAAAGAGAUUGAUUUCCUUACAAUGCGUUUGUUGGAGAUGGAAGAGGAAACAAAGAUGCUUAAAGAAGCUUUGGCUAGUCGUAAUAGUGAACUGCAGGCUGCCAGAGACAUGUGUGCUAAGACACUUGUCAGGGUCAAGAGCUUAGAAGCACAAAUACAGGCCCAUAAUCAUCAAACAAGCUCCCCUAAAUCAAACUUGGGACUCCCUGCUGAUGGUCCUUCAAGUCAAUAUGCUAGCAAUGCACCCGGUACCACUUCCCUGUCUGAAGAUGGGAUUGAUGAGGAAGGAUUUUCAGCUGAAUCUUUGGUACCAGCAAGCUCUGAUAUCUCUCGUUUGGGGAUGGGGAAGAGCAGUUGUAAAGUUAACAAGCAAGAGAAUGCCAAUUGCUUGGAAUUGAUGGAUGACUUUCUGGAGAUGGAGAAAUUGGCAUGUCUGUCAAAUGAUGUUGCUGGAGCUAAUGCUGUUUCAGACCAUCCACUCAACGCUGGAAAUUAUGAAGCAGAAAAUAAGACACCGCUCAAUACUGCCAAGGGUCAGGACCUCUUCUCUGAUCAACAGCUUUGUUCAAGUCAAUCAUCGAAGCAGGGUUCUUCAAGUGUAAGAUCCUCCACAACAGAGCUUGGGCAAGAUGCAGAAAAUCUGCCCUUCUUGAAGCUUCAGUCAAGGAUUUUUACGAUUUUUGAGUCUCAAACUAAGGACCUGGAUUUGGGGAAGGUCUUGGAGGACAUCAAAUCUGCUAUAUUGGAAAUACAAGGAUCUCUCCCUCAGCACUCAGUCACCCGUUUUUCUGAGGGAGUUCAAAUAGGUCCCUCCAAACAAAUGGGUGUGCCUGAGGAGAAUUUGAUUUUGUUAGAUCAAGAAGGCAUCACAAAGCAAAAUUUGGCAUCUGCAAUAUCUCAGAUUCAUCAGGUUGUAUUAUCACUUGGCAGAGAAGCAAUGAGAGUUCAGGACACUCAUCCAGAAGGCCAUGGCCUAAGUAAAAAGUUGGACGACUUCUCUGCCUUUGUUGAUAAAUUUGUAUUGAACGGAAAGGGUUUGGUUGACUUUAUCUUGAAACUUUCUCAUGUUUUUGCGAAAGCUAAUGAACUGAACUUUGGUGUCUUGGGCUUUGGGGGUGAUGUUGGAAAAGUCAGCAGUGAUGAUUACAUAGACAAGGUUGCUUUGCUAGAGAAUGAGGUUCAGGAAAACUCAUCAAAACAGGCGUGUGCUGAAGGGUGCCAGCAUAUUUGUCAUUCCUGUCCUGACUCAGAGGUACUUCAAGAUAGAAUCUUGAACCCAAGUUCUCUAGCAGCUGUUACAUCAUGUUCAUGCUUAUUAAAACAGUUGGAUCAGCUGAAAGUGGAUAAAGAAAAUAUGGCAGUGGAUCUAGCAAGAAGCAACGAAAAUCUUGAAAAUACAAAGUUGCUGCUACAGGAUACAGAGAAGAGUCUAACAGAACUAAAGUUACAGUUGGCUUCCUCUCAGAAUCUCUACAGUCUGGCUGAAACUCAGCUGAAAUGUAUGACUGAGUCUUACAAGUCAUUGGAAAUGCGUGCACAGGAGUUAGAAGCUCAAGUAAACCUUUUACAGGUUAAGUCUGCGAAGUUAGAUGAUGAACUACUAGAAGAAAAGCGUGGUCAUCAGGAUGCCCUGGCUAGAUUCAAGGAUCUUGAGGAUAAAGUGCAAAGGAACACAGCAUCCUUGGUAUGUUCAUCAUCAGAAAAUGAAGAUUCUGACAUGAAGAUCAAACAGGAAAGAGAUAUAGCAGCUGCAGCAGAAAAGCUUGCAGCAUGCCAGGAGACCAUUUACCUUCUUGGGAGGCAGUUGCAAGCUUUGCGCCCUCAGAAAGAGAACCACCAGUCUCAGUACAGUGACAAGCUGCUGGGUGAAAGUUCAAUGGAAGGCAGAUUGAAUCAUGAUGGUUCUAAGUCACAGAAUAUUCACUGCUCUGAUGACUUUGAUCACAUUGAGACAGAUAGUGUAGCUUCUGCCGAUGUGCAAUCUGUGAGUGAGGAUUCCUUGCGUUAUUGCCAUUCCACAUCAAGUCCUUCAGAUAUUGAGCCAAACCUUUCAUUGAGGUCUUCAGUGAGCUCAUCUCACCUCAAUCAUAGGCGCACCAGGUCAACAUUCUCGUCAUCUACUCUUGAGCAAGAGAAACAUCUGCGUAGUUUUGGUCGUCUUUUUUCUUCAAAAGGGAAGAAUGGGCACUAGAAUUAUGCCCUCUAGCUUUUGUAUAGGUUUCUAAGUUAAUGGCAUAUAUGGCAGGGGUCAAGAACUCAAGAUUGAAAUGAGUAGAUGAUCAAUUUUCCACAUCAAUUGACUAGCCCUGUCCAUCCUAGAUAACAUUUUCUUUUACUUAUUGUUUCCAAUGGGAUUGUAAUUGGGGUUCUAAUCAGAACUCGCACAUUGUAGAUAUUAUAGUAAUGAGGUAAUGAAAUGGAAGAUCAAAUUGCUUGCCUUUUCA